AUGGUAGGUCGAUACAUGAAGUGGCUGACAAGUGACGAUGUGGUGCAAUAUCGUGUACAGCUCGUGUUCUCAACAUCAGCUGCAAGGGCAGUAGUCUUAGCAAGCGCAACUCUGAACGAAUGGCAUGGAGGAUUUCGAUCGUUUUUGUUAGAUGAGUUGAGCAAUGCUAAUGCGUUUACGUUUUCUUUUUCUUUCUGGUUUUUGGGCGCCAGAGUUCUCAGAGAGACUGAUCGCAAAGGUCAAUGCUGCCGAGUUCGAGACCACUGUCGCCGCAAUUUGUCGCCAUCUAUCGCCGCAGGUAUGCUGUCGCGCGUCGCCUUUGCACAAUCCGCCGGCCGAGUUAUCGCAGUACGUUGCGGCACAGCUCAUUAA